AUGGGAUCCAACUUAAUUUUUCUGUGGCCAAUACUCUUGGGAUUCAUCGCACGGGUGGAAUCCGACCCAUCAGGAGGAGGCGGUAAUGACAACAUCACCAAAAGAAACGUCAUCAAUUUUGGCAUAUUGGUUUAUAAGUUCACUGAAAGAAAUCCUAAAGAUUUCAUUGGUUAUGGCUGCUGGUGUGGAAUUGGUGGGGAAGGCAAACCCGUGGAUGAUUUGGACGGGUGUUGUAAGGCCCAUGAUAAAUGCUACGAUGAAAUUAUGCAAUCAGAGGAUUGCCCAUUCGAGAAGGCAGUGUACCUUAUGUCGUAUUCAGUAACCGGAGAUGGUGAAAAAACGAAAUGCAACCGCCCUUCGUCAUAUAUGAUGUAUGGCAAAUGUCGCAGCCUGUUGUGCAAAUGUGACCUGAUUGCUGCUCGAUGCUUUGCAAAGAGUUCUUACCAGGAGAAAUAUAGAAAAUAUCCUCAGGAGAAAUGCGGGGAGACUGAGGAGCGAUGA